AUGCUGAAGGUUAUGAGCUUGGCCUUGUUGAAGGUGUCAGGGAGUUUCCUGGCCAGGAAGACCAAGAGGAAGCUGAGGAUCGCCAGUAGGCCGAUGUAGCCUAGCGACACUCCAAACCCUGCUACUGACCCCACCACAAACUCAUAUACAAUCUCAUCAUUAUGGUAGCGUGUGUUUUUGUGUGGAGUUGGAGAGGCUGAGACCAGCCAGGCUGUGAAAACCAGGACUGUUCUUCUCUGCUGCCAAGCUGGUCUCGCCCCCGGGCUUAGAGGUCCUAAACACAGUCAGCAUCACCAUGGAGACACAGAGAACAAAGUUGAUACCAAACGCUGCAUGCCUCAGCUGACACGUCCAUAGCCGGGGCCGACCAAUGAACAGCGAGCACAGGAAGUAGAGUUUGAGUGACAGCAGAAGCAGGGAGCAGCAGUUAUUGGCCUUGUGGUGUCCGAACGAUGCUGCGAUGAUGUGUUGAUAAGAAAUCCGCUGACACUGUACUUGAUUAUAAAGGUUUAUUAUAUCAAAGAUUUCAGUAUCAAUUUACAGAUUCUGCAGAAUCUGGAGAGCAACAAACCCAAUCUUAAAUAUGUUCACUCUCUCCUUCCUUUGUUCAAACAUGGUAUAUAUAUAUCCUAUGCCCUAUGUAACAUAAGAUGGCGUGCUUUGAAUAGACCAAUCCCUGGCCUCCACAUAGCCAAAUGUCCUCUGUUUUAGGGGGCCCCUAUAGUAACACUUUCCACAUAUUUCAGCAAAGUAAAGUAAAGUUCAUUUAACCAACAAUAUGAAAACCUCAGAUACUACAUAUUUCCCCCCUUCGAGACUAAUUAAGUCUCGAAAACAAAAAGAAUAGGAUUAUGACAAAUAACAAUUUUUAUUACAUCAGGCUUCUUGUGUAACUUUUAGCAAUAAAACCAAGUUUAUGGAGUGUGAACACAUUUUUAUGGAGUGUAAGAGCGAAAAACCUGUCUGGCAGCUUUCUUUCCAAAUAUCCAUCAAUCAAUCAAGACAGUAAAAUUCUCUCACGGCCCCUCUGCCCCAGGCGACCACCUAAGUACUCCAGAUCAAUUUAUAAAUCUUUAUCAAUGCAUUUUAAGCUAUGAUGCAAUCGAAUACACAUGAAAGCCUGAGAGAACAAAAUACAAUCAAAAACCCGUCCACAUUCAGGCUUGUUCGACCCAUCCGACCCUCCCGUGGAUUCUCUCUGUCCCUGCCUAGACCCAAUAUCCCUAAGCGUCAAAGAAAAAACCUAAAAACAUCUGAGGUCCCCACAUGUACCCAACAACAGAAAACAUCAUUCUUCAAAAAAUUUAUACAGAAAGAAUAUGACACAAAUUAUGUAUUACACAUGCAAAUAUGUAUAUAUAUAUAUAUCAUUGCAGACACUGGAAUGUAGUCCACUACACUGCAGCUCCUCAGCAGUGUCGACUUUCAAUGCAACGUCGAUGAUGGAAUCUGAACAUUUCCACACCGUCCUUGUUCCACUUCCUCCAGUCCAUUCAUAUUGUCCAUGUUUGAGUAUUUGAAUCCCACUCUACACAUUCCCCAUAUGCUUCUGGAAGAAAAGAAAACACCAACCAGUAUCUUUUGCAAAGCAACACAUGAAAAUUAAAACAUCAAUAUCAAAAAUAAUAUAUAAAAAUGAUAUAUAAAAAUGAUAUAUAAAAAUGAAUCACAUUCCAUUUCCCCCCUUUGAUUCAUAAGAAAACAGUAAAUAUCACAACAAUAUGCAAAGAAAUGUGAAAAUUAUCGCACAAUCAGAUAUUCAAAAUGGAUAUCUAUCCAUCAAUACUCCAUCCAGUAGCACUUGUUCAUCUCCAUCUAGAUCAGUCACGGUUAACAACGGCAUCUGAGUGUUGUCUCCAGGCAUCACAACUCCAACCCAUCUCAAUAUCAUAACCUUCGCAAAAGUCAAUAACAAAGACUUUCCUAGAGUUACUUCAACCCUAGUUUUCGUAACGUUUUGGUCUGACUUUUUUCCGAACUGGUCUGGGGCUACUUUGUCUAACCGUAUCACCAGCUUCUCCUGUAACAGAGUUGCCCUUGGUGAUCUCUGUGGUUUCACAUUCCACUGAAAUAUGCCCUGUUGUUUCUGGGACGUAUUGAAAAUCAAUGUCCCCAAAUCUCCUUUCCUGUCCAUCCAUUGCAGAGUCGUGUCUGGCAUCAUCAGAAGUGUACACAUGAUCAUCAACGUUGUCCACAGCAUGGAAAAUCUCUCCGUCUGGGUUUUGACUCUGAAAAUUGUCAUGCAUCUCUCCUUCUGUCUGUUCUUCCCUAUCUUCAUCCUGCUCUCUUGAGCCUUCAACAUCUUGGCUCUCUGCGCGUGGCACCUCUUCUCUAGGCGCUUUAACACAAUGUGACAAAUGAUACCACGUUGGAGACCCUUUAACCUGGACAGCCGUUCCAGUACGACGAACAACUUCAAAUGGUCCCUCACGGCGUUCGUUAUACCACUUCCUUCUAAAUACCUUCACGAACACCUUGUCCCCAGGUUGCACUGUACUCCUUUUUUGCUCAUUGAGCUUCUCCUGCACCUCUUCUUUUCUUUGCCUGUCAGAAACAUAUGUGGAUAACUUUUUAUGAAAAUUGGCCAUAUAUUUAACAUACGCUCUCAUUUCAUCUUCCAAAAGAGCCAAACUUGGACCCUUUCCACUUGUUCGCAAACAAGGCGUAGGCAUCCUUCUUCCUGUGACCAGUUCAUGGGGUGACAUACGUAGAUCAUGCAACUCACUUGAGCGACACACCAUUAAUGCUAAAGGAAGCGCCGCUAUCCAGUUUAGACCCGUAUGCUGGCAAAUCUUGACAAUGCGAUUUUUCAAAACACCAUUAUUUUUUCACAAAUACCUUGACUUUGUGGGUGAUGAACUGCUCCUAGACGUUGCUUAAUUCCCAAUUUUUGCAAAAUCAAUUUAACUGAUUUAUCCACAAAUUCUUUCCCAUUAUCUGAGGAUAUUCGAUCGGGAAAUCUCCACCUGCUUAUGACUUCUUUACACAAGAACUUGGCAACCGACUGAGCGUCUUUUCGCUUGGUUGGACAGGCCUCCGGCCAUCGUGAAAAUCUAUCCACAACCACCAGCAUGUAUCUUUUCCCUUCAACUGGUUUUAUCAUAUCAACAAAGUCGAUACCCAACUCACGCAUAGGACCUCUCGGUGUUGGAAUGUGACCAGGAAGAACAGUCACACCCCUGCGAACAUUAUUUUUCAGACAGAUUGUGCACCUGCCUAUGACAUAGUCAACCUGUUCAAGCAAAUAUGGUGCCCAAAAACCAUACUCCUUUGUGAUUUUUCUCCUAACCUCCCCCCUUGCAACAUGAGCUAACCAAUGUGCUUCCUGAAUCAUCAGACCUAAUAGGUCUAGAGGCGCUACUAUCAACCCCUCAUGGUUUCUCCAAAGACCCGUAGCAUCUUUGACGGAACCUCGGUCUAGCCAUAGCUGUUUGUCAAUCGUAGAAGCAGCUUCCUGCAUCAAAAUCACAUCCUUAAGCGUAAUUUUGUCUUCCAAGUCCACUUCAUGAGUGACCAGAAAAACCUUGCCCAAUUUGUCCGCUCCUGUGACGGCUUUUGCAGCUUCAUCAGCAGCUUUGUUCCCUUGUGUGACUUUUGACACAUCUGUUUUAUGAGCUGCACACUUAGCUAUCGCUAUCUCUUUAGGCUUCAUCAUAGCAUGCAACAGUUUCAUUAUUUGCGCAUGAUGUUGUAUCGGAGAACCAUCCAUUUUCUUAAACCCUCAACCUUUCCACACUGCUCCAAACAAAUGACAUACACUAUGUGCAUAUGCAGAAUCAGUAUAUAUUGUCACUCGCUUUCCUUCUGCUAACAAACACGCUUCUGUUAGCCCCACAAGUUCAGCAAGUUGUGCGGACGCAGGCUGUGGUAUUACUUCAGCCUUUUCAACAACAAAUCCAGUUCCUUGGGCUUUAACUACUACAUAGCCAGCACACAAUUUAUCUCCCACACGAUAACAAGACCCAUCAGUCCAAUACUCCAGGUCUGCCUCACGUAAUGGAAGGGCUUGCAAAUCUGAUCUAAGCCUCGAGUAUUUCUCUGCUUCUUGAACACACUCAUGUGGCUCACCAUCCUCUGAAGUUGGCAAAUUCUCGGCUGGAUUCACCAUAUCACACCUCACUAGGGUGACAUCUUCCUGCUCUAAGAGCCUAUGAUAGUCUCUGAGCCUAGGCAUAGUCAAUGUAUAUUUUCCAUAGUUCAGAAGAUUUCUGAGACUAUGAUGGGUAAGAAUUGUUACUGGGUAACCCAUCGUAACAGAUGAUGCUUUGUCAUACAUUAAAUAUACUCCCACCAUUGCUCUGUAGCACAGUGGUAGCCCUAGUUCUACUUCUGAAUAGGCAGUAGAGUAGUAGGAAAUAGGUUGAGGAUUCGUCCCUGUACCUGUUGGCUGACAAAGAACUGCACAUGCAUAUUUACCUCCAGUAGAAGUAGACACAUAUAGCAAGAAAUUCUUACAGUAGUCUGGUAGUGUGAGUGCUGGUGCCUCUUGUAACCUCUGUAUGAUCGUUUCAAAUGCUACAAGGCCUUCCUGUGUCCAGGAAAGAUUGCUAUAGAGUUGACAAUUCCCAGUAUCUUUAACCAUAGCUCUCAAAGGUCACAUCAAACUAGCAUAGCCCUCAACCCAGGCUGAAGAAUAAUCAGCAAUAGCAAGAAAUGUCAUCAUCUCUCUGACAGUUCUAGGCUUCGGAGCCUUACGAAUAGCUUCCAAUUGACUGUCAAAAAUGCUUCUGUGUCCAUGCAUUAUUUUCUGACCCAAAUAAACGACCUUCUCCUGGCAAUAUUGCAACUUUUUCUGUGAAACCUUAUGCCCCUUUUCUGCCAAUACCUGUAGCAAUUUAAUUGAGUCUUUAUGACAUGUUUCCUUAUUCUGUGAACAGAUAAAUAUACCAUCCACAUACUGAAUGACAGUGCUUUGCAAUAUCUGAUCUAUCCCUACCAAAUCGUCCUUCAGUACUUUAUUGAAAAUGUGAGGGCUAUGCUUGAACCCCUGUGGCAAUCUCCUGUACUCAUAGAACUGUCCAUUAUAUGUGAACCCAAAUAAACCCUGAGUUUCUACACUAAGUGGAACACAAAAAAAUGCACCACAUAAGUCUAACACCGUGAAAUGUGUAGCCUCAGGAGGAAUAUGGGAUAACAAGGUAUGCGGGUCUGGCACUUCUGCUGGAAAAUCAGUCACUACCUCAUUCACCGCUCUCAAAUCAUGAACCACACGAUAAGUCUCAUCGGGUUUCUUCACAGGCAACAAAGGCGUGUUACUCUGAGGAUUUUUUAUUGUCUUCAAAACACCUGCUUUCGAAAGUCCUUCAAUUUGUGGUUCGAUCCCUUGGAUUGCUUCAUCUUUCAAUGGAUACUGAUUCUUCCAAGGAGAUCUGGCUCCUGGUCAAAGUUCAACUUUCACCGGUUGGGCUGAUUUCACUCCUCCAAAUCGCCAAAUUCUCUUUCAUCGGUACAAAAACAGCUUUCUCUGCUUCUGUCAUCAUUUCUCCUAUAUGCUUCUGCUCAUAGUCUUCAGAAACCAACAAGGUCACAUGUGGCACACUCUUCUCAAUCUCAAAUUCUUUAUCCAGAUAAUCGUCUGUGUUUAUCUUCAUAGCUGCUCCUUGUGGUCCUAAAAUUAUGCAACAUGAGCUGAGUUGAACUUUCUUUGGUUGAUGACUCAACCAUUCCUCUGAGUUCGAUUGGGCAGCAUUCUUGAAAUACUUGAGCGUACAAUGAAAUUGAUAUUCCUGAAGCCUCGCAUCUGGCAUGUUUGCCACAAUGAAUUUCUCCCAUAUCUUAGCUGGCUUCAAAAAAUCUGCACUGAGAUUUCCAAUCCAAAAUACUGAAGAAGAGUCAAUCUCUGUCGUCAUCAACAAUUGGUAAACCGUUUCUUUUGGCAUUUCUACCAGACAGCCGUCUGGCGUACAUUUUAUUGUACAAUUCAAUCUACACAAUGCAUCUCUUCCCAACAAUGCAAUAGGUGUAUGUUCCGAUACCAGUAUGGGUAUUGUAGUUUUCUGAUUUUUAUAGCAGAGCUCAAUUGGUUCCGUAAGAGGAAUCAGCUGUUUCACUCCCUCAAACCCGAUUGUCCGAAUCAGUUGAUUGGACAUAGGGAGAUGUGUAGCAUCUUCAGGCCGAACACAGGUGAAAGCAGCUCCGCUAUCCGCCAUCUUUUCAAUGGUCGGUUGUUUACUUUCACCUCAAUUGUUGGAUAUUUUUCCGGUCCUGAUGCUACCAGCUGACACCCCCCUUUCGGAUCUUCUGGGCACCUCUAGAAUCCUGGCUCCGGGCCCCUAUAAGGGUUCACCGGUCCUCCAAAUGAUCUUGACUGGCCCCUGUAUCUUCCUCUGAAAUUUCCUCUGGUGUUUCCUCCUGGCCCAUUACACUCACGGGCAAAGUGACCAACCUGUCCACAAUUAUAACACACUUCUGAAGAUUGCUGGAAGUAUGGAUUAAAUCUUCCUCCUCUUCCUCUUCCUAAACCUUCUCGUCCUCUUCCUCUCCAAUUCUGUGUCUGUCCGGAAACUGGCUGUGGAUAUGAAACAACUGGUCCCACUAGUGGUGGCUGGGACAAUUGCGGUUGGACCUGGUUCGGUUGAAGCUGUGGCAGUGAUUGUUGAUUUGGUGAACACUGAUUCUGCAUAACCAAAGCCUGUUUCUCCUCCGUCUUCUUAUUCUCCACCAGUUGUAUUUGAUUGAGUUUUCUGAGAGUUUCUUGGUCCUGUUCUUUCUGGUUGUGUUCCUUUUUCCUGUAUAGAUCCACUUGAUGGGCUAUAUGAUCUGUAUAGAUACCUUUUGCCAUGCUUCCAAGUCCAACCACCUCUGCCAGUUUGCUCCUUACUGGUGAGGGCAGCCCCAUCUGCAGUUUAGCUCGCAAAAUUGACUGCUCUAUUUGACUCACAUCUGGAUCAUUUCCGGUAAUAUUUCUCCACACUUGUUGAGCUCUUGACACAUAGGCUCUCGGAUUUUCUUGUUGUCCUAGUGGGUCAAUCAGAAUGUUGUCAGGAUGCACAUUUGUUGGAAAUGUAUCUUUCAGUGCUCUCCACAGUCGAUUUCUACUUGCAGCUAACAACUCAGGAUCAUUCACCGCAGUCCCCAUAUAUCGAUUAAGUCCAGCUCUCUGAAAAAAUUAUUCCAUACCUGGAAUCCCAAGGAGAUUAGCCAAAAGUAUCUUAAUGUCUCCUAUGGCAGACUGUGUUCCCACCGUAAUUUCUUCCAACUUUGAAAUCCAAGGAUAUGCUCCAUCUUGAAGAGUAGGCAGCUUCUCAAGUAUAUCUGACAUAUCGGUAUUCUGCAAAGGCUUAUACUCCAGGUUCUGUCCUCGGAUUAUCACUGGCAUCAUCUUCUUACUUGUGCUCCCUUUUCUUGGCCGCAAUGUAUACUUCCUCUCCAAUUUUUGGGAUCCUUUUUUCAGCAGUUUUUCCUUCUGUAUCUUCAGCUUCUUGAGUUGUUCUUCCAAUUCUCUUACUUCUUCUAAAUUAUUCGCCUUAUCCAAGCAUGACAUGCAUCGAUCCAUAUCUCUUUCUAUUUCUUCUGUGCUAGUCAUUGUAGGAUAAAAUCCUCUUGAACAUGAAGCACCUUUAAUCUCCAAAUCUUCAUCGCUGUCUCCAUCUUCACUUUCAUCAGAGGUCGAAUCUCUUGUAUCCUUAUUCUUCCAACUUCCAUCACCCCUUAUUUCCGCUCUGGCCAACCUCCAUCUGAUCACAGGGUCAUAUCCACCCAUGAUCUCUUCUGAAUCACUCUGAUCAUCAUCAUCAUCAUCUUCAAAUUCCAUCCUCCUGAACCUCACUCUACCCUUAGUUUCCAGACAUGUCGUUUUGUUCUUACUUUUGGAGUUUGGAUUCAUCUUUAUGGUCAUUUCUGCUUGUCCUCUCUCUAUUAUUCAUUCAUCUUCAUCUCUGAUGCAAUAAUCACCCUCCUGAAUGAUCACUGGAAGCUGAGGAUAGACGUCCUUAAACUCUACUUCUUCCUCGUAAGGUCUUUUUGCUGAAUCCGUAUGUGAGAAAGGUGUAUUGACUUCUGCCAUUCGUUUUUCUGUUACCUUCGCCUCUUUUGCCAUUUUCUCUAUACCUCUGUCUCUUUUAUCUUUUGUAUCUUUUAUCCGUUUUUGUCCCUCAUUUUCAAACAACUUAAGAACACCCAGCUCUCUUUGUCUCUUUUCUUUACGUUGUUCCCCCUUUUUUCCCUUCUUUUGAUCUGCCUUAUACGUGGACACAAGCACUUGCAUUAUUUUUAUUACGUCUGGGUUAAGAGUCCCUUCCACUGGCCAUGGUUGUUCAAUGUCAGGCCAACGUUUAUGCCAUUUUCCAGAUAACCUUGCAAUACCAUUAACUAGAGGAUUACUCUUUUGCACUACAUCAACAGGAGUAAUUACUUUCAUAGUUUUUAUGUUCUUUUUCCGCAUUGUAACAACUCUUUUAUAUUCCUUUAUUGUGAAUAAUUGUAUUAUUAUUAUUAUUAUUAUUUUAAACUAAUUAAUUUGUAAACCAAAAAAUACUUUAAGCUAUGUAGCUUAUCUUUCCCUCCUAUUUUAUUUAUUUAUUAUUAUUAUUAUUAUUAUUUAUAUAUAUAUAUAUAUUUUUUUUUUCUCUACCAAAUUAUUGAUUAGUGGCAAUCUUACCACAUCCGAUAAAGAAAAGUAAAGGAAACUGGUCAACUUCAGAGCAAUCAAAAAAGAAAGACUUGUAAUCCAGCAACACUACAGCACCCACAAACCAAUUGCUUAAUAAGCACCCAAUCACCUUAAUUUUACAGAAUAAUCUCAGUGCUGGAUUUCCAACACAACUCUAAUCAAAACAACCCAUGCACAAAGAAAACUUCAAUGUGCAAUUCUCAAUUACAUCAAUUGAUCAGUCUGUUGCCAAGUCCCUGUUAAAUGGUCACAACCACAACAUGAAAUAUUUUAGGCAUACACAAACAGAUAAAUGCCCUUCAUCUAUAAUAUCCUGUAAGGGAAAGUAAGUUUGUGGAUAGAACAGUACUGGCCAUAAUUGGACUGGAUCCGGGACAGCACACGCUGUCGCGUGACGCACUGGUCAGCACCUCCUCUCUCUCCGUCUCCUCCUUCUCGUCUCUCACACCUCAGGGGAACAAAAGAAACAGACAACAAUUUAGUAUUUUAUGUACUCACUGGGUUAUUUCAACCAUACAAUACAUAUAUUAAACUAUUGGAGUAAUCAUCAUAUAUGUUUUCUUAGUCAAGCAACAACCACUUAACAAACCAAAUACUUUAUUCGUGUGUACUUAAGUCUCCCCCUUUCUUGUUUCAGCUAUAAGUCUGCGUGUCACAGCAGCUCAGUGCAGGCAGGGGAGUGGCAUAUUCGUUCUGUGUAACUGUAAACUCCUAGAACUCCACACAUGCGCAGUUCAUUUAUUAGUGUAUCUUCAGAGUGAGAUGAGCACUCCCGCAAGCAAUUUUUCUCUGAGUCAAACAGCAGACAGACCAGCUGUCUCUACGUUCUUUCCAACAAACCACAUUUACCACACAGACAAACAGUAACACUGAACAAAACGCACAAACCAACACAAAACAUAGAACACAAAUCCUACUUCGAAGUUACUUAACUUUACUUUAGUCUAUUAUCUCUCUCCUCUUUCUUCACCCAUUCUACUCCAAUCUGCAGAUGUAUACUUAUUUUCUCAUCCAUUACAAAUCCUCUCUAUACAAUCAUAACGUCCUCCCGGGGGCUCAUAGAUUUUGACAAAUUUGAAAACGUUCUCUCAAAUCGAGACUCAUAAGGUUUUAACCGUAAUUAACAGAUUUCCUUACAAAAAACUAAAACCCCUGUUCUCAACCAAACCAUAUAUAUGUAUAUAUAUAUAUAUCUAACAUAAAAUCUUAUCAUAGCAUGAGUCGAGCAUAUAACUCUCUGCACAAUCCACACAGCUGAAACACAGCAGAGACAUCUUUCAUUGCGCACACACACACUCUCUCUCUCACACACACACACUCUCUUUCUCACACACACACACUCUCUUUCUCUCACACACACACAUGAAAACUACCCUAAAGCAUGCGUCCGCCGCUCCUUUUCCUUUAUUUUCCUUCCUAAAUUUGUGCUACCUUGAGUUGCAGAUAUUCAAUGAGAGGCUACUUCGGACAUAUAGCUCGUCAACUAUAUACCGAGAGGUAACAUACAAUUGAAUGUGUAUUCUACAAUCUCACAGUUCCUUGGAACGGACCAAUGGUUUACACUGUUGCUUUUUCAGUAGUGAAAUAUGCUAUAUCACUUUUCAAAUGACCUUUUGUGACUCAACUUUUAUCGUCCAGUUUGAGCUCUGUUCCUGCGGGGGGCUGAUUCGUCGACCACACCCAGAUUCUCCAACUGCACGCUCCCACCCCGUGGUGAAGUUAACCCUCUCCAGGUAAUGGACCAGCUGACCAGAGGAGGGGGAUGGAGGGAAGGAGGGAAGAGAGGGAAGGAGGGAGAGGAUGUAGAGAAAUACAGUAUGUAGUCAGCGGACCUUGACAAAGAAAAGAGUAAACAGAAGUAAACAGUUGGCAAAGUUUCCGUCUGCACCUGUGUGCCUACAGUGAGGGAACAAAGUAUUUGAUCCCCUGCUGAUUUUGUAUGUUUGCCCAAUGACAAAGAAAUGAUCAGUCUAUAAUUUUAAUUUUAAUUGUAGGUUUAUUUGAACAGUGAGAGACAGAAUAACAAAACAAAAAUCCAGAAAUGCGCAUGUCAAAAAUGUUAUAAAUUGAUUUGCGUUUUAAUGAGGGAAAUAAGUAUUUGACCCCCUCUCAAUCAGAAAGAUUUCUGGCUCCCAGGUGUCUUUUAUACAGGUAACGAGUUGAGAUUAGGAGCACACUCUUAAAUGGAGUGCUCCUAAUCUCAGUUUGUUACCUGUAUAAAAGACACCUGUCCACAAAAGCAAUCAAUCAAUCAGAUUCCAAACUCUCCACCAUGGCCAAGACCAAAGAGCUCUCCAUGGAUGUCAGGGACAAGAUUGUAGACCUACACAAGGCUGGAAUGGGCUACAAGACCAUCGCCAAGCACCUUGGUGAGAAGGUGACAACAGUUGGUGCGAUUAUUCGCAAAUGGAAGAAACACAAAAUAUCUGUCAAUCUCCCUCGGCCUGGGGCUCCAUGCAAGAUCUCACCUCGUGGAGUUGCAAUGAUCAUGAGAACGGUGAGGAAUCAGCCCAGAACUACACGGGAGGAUUUUGUCAAUGAUCUCAAGGCAGCUGGGACCAUAGUCACCAAGAAAACAAUUGGUAACACACUACGCCGUGAAGGACUGAAAUCCUGCAGCGCCCGCAAGGUCCCCCUGCUCAAGAAAGCACAUAUACAGGCCCGUCUGAAGUUUGCCAAUGAACAUCUGAAUGAUUCAGAGGAGAACUGGAUGAAAGUGUUGUGGUCAGAUGAGACCAAAAUGGAGCUCUUUGGCAUCAACUCAACUCGCCGUGUUUGGAGGAGGAGGAAUGCUGCCUAUGACCCCAAGAACACCAUCCCCACCGUCAAACAUGGAGGUGGAAACAUUAUGCUUUGGGGGUGUUUUUCUGCUAAGGGGACAUGACAACUUCACCGCAUCAAAGGGACGAUGGACGGGGCCAUGUACCGUCAAAUCUUGAGUGAGAACCUCCUUCCCUCAGCCAGGGCAUUGAAAAUGGGUCGUGGAUGGGUAUUCCAGCAUGACAAUGACCCAAAACACACGGCCAAGGCAACAAAGGAGUGGGUCAAGAAGAAGCACAUUAAGGUCCUGGAGUGGCCUAGACAGUCUCGAGACCUUAAUCCCUUAGAAAAUAUGUGGAGGGGGCUGAAGGUUUGAGUUACCAAACGUCUGGCUCGAAAUCUUAAUGACUUGGAGAAGAUCUGCAGAGGAGUGGGACAAAAUCCCUCCUGAGAUGUGUGCAAACCUGGUGGCCAACUACAAGAAACGUCUGACCUCUGUGAUUGCCAAUAAGGGUUUUGCCACCAAGUACUAAGUCAUGUUUUGCAGAGGGGUCAAAUACUUAUUUCCCUCAUUAAAAUGCAAAUCAAUUUCUAACAUUUCUGACAUACAUUUUUCUGGAUUUUUUGUUUGUUAUUCUGUCUCUGACUGUUCAAAUAAACCUACCAUUAAUAUUAUAGACUGAUCAUGUUUUUUUUUUUAUUAUAGACUGAUCAUACUUUUUUCCCUCACUGUAUGUGUGUGUGAAUGUAAGCCACCUGCCAGAGCUCCAGUCUCUGUAGGCUGGCACAGCGGUGCCCACUGAAAGGUCCUCUCCUUGGCACACGCUGCAGUACGUCAUGCAGGACAUGGGUCAGAGUGACACGGCCACAUUAUACUCUGGCCUGAGCUCAGACACGUGCCCAUAGUUGGUCUCCACAUCCCUCAGGUCCUCCUGUCCUGUAAGCACACCACCCGCAGCCUCCACCCAACCUGCACUGAACCUGCACCCAAACACAGCCUCCCAGAGCUGUCUCACCUUACCAGAACAGAGAAGGAAGUGUUAUAGAGGAAUAACAUUUUUUGGGGGUAUUUAUAAUAGGCAAUGUAGGUAUUUAAAAAGAAAAAAAAAAUACUUUUAAAUGAUAGUAGAUAAACAUAAUGUCUAAAGUAUUGAAGGAGUGAAAUAAAUCAUUAGAAUGGGGUAAAAAAUACUACCUCACAUUGCUGUUUCCGGGGUUAUUGGCAGGUUGGUCGUCGGGGCGGAUGCUAAGCAGGUAGUCCCUUAGGCUGGUAUCUCUCCACGACGGAUAGUGAUACCCAGGGUACCCCCCCAGGUAGGGCAUGAGACGGGGGGUGUGAAACACCGAGGAGGAGGUCCAGGCUUCUGUCACGACUUCCGCCGAAGUUAGUGCCUCUCCUUGGGCGGUCGUCGUCACCGGCUUUCUAGCUGCCACCGAUCUACGUUUCUGUUUUCCAUUUGUUUUGUCUGUAUUGUACACACCUGGUUCCCAUCACGUUAAUUUGUUUCCCUAUUUAACCCUCUGGCUCCCUCAUGGUGUUGUGCGUGAUUGUUCUUUGUUUGGUGUUUAUACUGCUGUGAGCUGAUGUUGUCACGCCCUGACCUAUAGAACUCUGGUUAGUUUGGUCAGGGCGUGCAUGUUUAGUAUCUAUGUUAUGUUUUCUAUGUGUAGAAUCUAGGUAUUGGUUUUCUAUGUUUUGUACGGGUGUGAUUCCCAAUCAGAGACAGCUGUCGCUCGUUGUCUCUGAUUGGGGUUCAUACUUAGGUAGCCCAGUUGCCUACUAUGGUUGUGGGAUCUUGUUCCGUGUUUAGGCUUGUAUUGGGUUUAGCCUGAGGACUUCACGUUACGUUGUUUUGUUGUUUUUGCUCGUGUGUUUAUUUUACUAAAUAAACAUGUAUGCAUUUCACGCUGCGCCUUGGUCUGACCCGUCCUUCAACGACCGUGACAGAAGAUCCCACCAAAAAUGGACCAAGCAGCGUGCCCAGGAGCAGACAUCCUGGACAUGGGAGGAGAUCCUGGACGGAAAGGGAUCUUGGACAUGGGAGGAAAUUCAGGCUGGGAUGGAUCGCCGUCCUUGGGAGGCGACAGUGGAGGCCCGGGUUAGAGAGGAGCAACGGAAACACAGAAGGCGCCGGCCGAGGAGGAAGCCCGAGAGGCAGCCCCAAUACUUUUUUUGGGGGGGGCUAAAGGGGUGGUCGGGGAGCGAGAGAGAAGAGCCCCGACCACUGCACCCGGUGGGUUUCCAGGUUGAGUCCCUACGACCAUGGGAACAAGAGUGGUAACAGUUUUAUACCGAGGAGUCGGAGGAUGACGACGACGAUGAGUUUCUGUUCCCUAACUCGUGGGGGCUCCCGGAGGAGUCUUCACUGGAGGAGGAUUGGGCGUGGAGAGUAAAGGACAGGUAUAGUCGUAGACCUCCAGCGCCGGUUCCCAGUCCAGUAUGACCCGUUCCUGCUCCUCGCACCAAACCAGUGGUGCGUGUCACCAGCCCGGUACGUCCCGUACCUAAUCCCCGCACCAAGCCAGUGGUGUGUGUCCCCAGUCCGGCCCGGCCCGUUCCUGUUCCUCACACCAGACCAGUGGUGCGUGUUCCCAGUCCGGCCCGGCCCGUUCAUGUUCCUUGCACCAAGCCAGUGGUGCAUGUUCCCAGUCCGGUACGGCCCGUGCCUGCUCCCCGCACCAAGCCAGUGGUGCAUGUCACCAGUCCGGCCCAGCCCGUUCCUGCUCCUCUCACCAAGCCAGUGGUGCGUGUUCUUAGUCUGGUCCGGCACGUGCCUGCUCCUCGCACCAGACCAGUGGUGCGUGUGUCCAGUCCGGCACGGCCCGUGCCCGUUCCACCGGUGCCUUUCCAGCACCGGUCAGCUGCUCCACUCAGGAGCCAGAGCAGUCCGCUUCACCGGUGCCUGAUCCAGCUCCGGUUGGUUGCUCCACUCCGGAGCCAGAGCAGUCCGCUCCACCGGUGCCCAGUCCAGCUCCGGUCAACGGUCAACGGUUCCACUCCGGAGCCAGAGCAGUCCGCUCCACCGGUGCCUGAUCCAGCUCCGGUCGGUUACUCCACUCUGGAGUCAGAGCAGUCCGCUCCACCGGUGCCCAAGCCAGCUCCGGUCAGCGGCUCCACUCCGGGUCCAGACGUCAGCCCCUCUCUAGGUUCGGAGUCUCCCACACCAGGGUCCAGACAGGGAUCGGUGCAUCAUGGGAGGACUGAGAGGGGAAGCUCCGCGUUGAGGUCCAGACCGGUCCAGGGGUGCAACGCGGAGUCAGUAAGGGAGGAGACGUCACGCCCGAAGCCAGAGUCCGCACCUUUGGGGGGUGGGGGGGGGGGGGGGGGGGUACUGUCACGCCCUGACCUAUGGAACUCUGGUUAGUUUGGUCAGGGUGUGCAUGUUUAGUAUCUAUGUUGUGUUUUCUAUGUGUAGAAUCUAGGUAUUGGUAUUCUAUGUUUUGUACGGGUGUGAUUCCCAAUCAGAGACAGCUGUCGCUCGUUGUCUCUGAUUGGGGUUCAUACUUAGGUAGCCCAGUUGCCUACUAUGGUUGUGGGAUCUUGUUCCGUGUUUAGGCUUGUAUUGUGUUUAGCCUGAGGACUUCACGUUACGUUGUUUUGUUGUUUUUGCUCGUGUGUUUAUUUUAAUAAAUAAACAUGAAUGCAUUUCACGCUGCGCCUUGGUCUGACCCGUCCUUCAACGACCGUGACAGAUGUUAUUUCCCUGCGUGGAAAUUAGAUUUGUUGUUUUUCGAGUAAAGUUUGUCUAUUACUCAGUUCUGUGUCCUGCACCUGACUCCGUCCUACCGCUGCACACUGACACCUGACAGCUUCACUGGCGAUCCACCGGAGACCCAUCACAUUCUGCACCACCACCUUGUAAAAUGAGUUUUAUAUUUUUAUAAUCUUGCCAUCAAGAAUGCCACAAUGGUAAUAUUUUACAACACUUUUAUGCGUUGUUUUAUUUAGCUAGUUAGUUAUUUAGAGGGGUAAACAGGCUACAAGCAACCCCUUUUCCCUCCAAACAUAACGAUGGUCAUUAUGGCCAAACAGUUCUACUUUUUGUUUCAUCAGACCAGAGGACAUUUCUCCAAAAAGUAAGAUCUUUGUCCCCAUGUGCAGUUGCAAACCGUAGUCUGGCUUUUUUAUGGCGGUUUUGGAGCAGUGGCUUCUUCCUUGCUGAGCGGCCUUUCAGGUUAUGUCGAUAUAGGACUCGUUUUACUGUGGAUAUAGAUACUUUUGUACCUGUUUUGUCCAGCAUCUUCACAAGGUCGUUUGUUGUUGUUCUGGGAUUGAUUUGCAGUUUUCGCACCAAAGUAUGUGUCACACCCUGACUUAUGGGACUCUUGUAUGCUGAGUCAGGGUGUGGAGAUCUAUGUUGUAUAUUCUAUGUUUAGUUCUAGUUGUUCUACUUCUAUGUUAGGCCGGGUGUGAUUCACAAUCAGAGGCAGCAGUCGCUCGUUGUCUCUGAUUGGGGAUCAUACUUAAGUAGCCUGUUUGUGAUCAUUAGUGGUGGGAUCUUGUUCCUGUAUAGGCUUGUAUUGUGUUUAGCCUGAGGACUUCACGUUACGUUGUUUUGUUGUUUUGUUCGUGUGUUUAUCGUUAUAUUAAACAUGUAUGCAUUUCACGCUGCACCUUGGUCUGACCCGUCCUUCAACGACCGUGACAGAAGAUCCCACCAAAAAUGGACCAAGCAGCGUGCCCAGGAGCAGACAUCCUGGACAUGGGAGGAGAUCCUGGACGGAAAGGGAUCCUGGACAUGGGAGGAGAUUCAGGCUGGGAUGGAUCGCCGUCCUUGGGAGGAGACAGUGAAGGCCCAGAUUAGAGAGGAGCAACGGCAACACAGAAGGCGCCGGCCGAGGAGGAAGCUCGAGAGACAGCCCCAAAAAAACAUUUUGGGGGACUAAAAUGGUGGUCGGGGAUCGAUGGAGAAGAGCCCCGACCACUGCACUCGUGGGGGCCCAGGGAGGAGUCCUCACGGGAGGAGGACUGGGUGCGGGGAGUGAAAGACUGGUACAGUCGGAGAUCUCUAACGUCAGUUCCCAGUCCGGUACACCUCAUGCCUGCGUCUCGCACCAAGCCAGUGGUGCGUGUUCCCAGUCCGGCCCGGCCCGUUCCUGUUCCUCGCACCAGGCCAGUGGUGCGUGUCGCCAGUCCGGCCCGGCCCGUUCCUGCUCCUCGCAGCAGGCCAGUGGUGCGUGUUCCCAGUCCGGUACGGCCCGUUCCUGUUCCUCGCACCAGACCAGUGGUGCGUGUCGCCAGUCCGGCCCGGCCCGUUCCUGCUCCUCGCACCAGACCAGUGGUGCGUGUUUCCAGUCCGGUACGGCCCGUGCCUGCUCUCCGCACCAAGCCAGUGGUGCAUGUCACCAGUCCAGCCCGGCCCAUUCCUGUUCCUCUCACCAAGCCAGUGGUGCGUGUUCCCAAUCCGGUACGGGCCGUGCCUGCUCCCCGCACCAAGCAUGUGGUGCAUGUCGCCAGCCCGGUAUGCCCCGUACCUGCUCCCCGCACCAAGUCAGUGGUGUGUGUCCCCAGUCCAGCCCGGCCCGUUCCUGCUCCUCGCACCAGACUAGUGGUGCAUGUCGCCAGUCCGGCUCGGCCCGUUCCUGUUCCUCGCACCAGGCCAGUGGUGCGUGUCGCCAGUCCGGCCCGGCCCGUUCCUGCUCCUCGCACCAGACCAGUGGUGCGUGUUUCCAGUCUGGUACGGCCCGUGCCUGCUCUCUAUACCAAGCCAGUGGUGCGUGUCGCCAGUCCAGCCCGGCCCAUUCCUGUUCCUCGCACCAAGCCAGUGGUGCGUGUUCCCAAUCUGGUACGGCCCGUGCCUGCUCCCCGCACCAAGCCUGUGGUGCAUGUCGCCAGCCCGGUACGCCCCGUACCUGCUCCCCGCAUCAAGCCAGUGGUGUGUGUCCCCAGUCCGGCCCGGCCCGUUCCUGCUCCUCGCACCAGGCCAGUGGUGCGUGUCGCCAGUCCGGCCCGGCCCGUUCCUGCUCCUCGCAGCAGACCAGUGGUGCGUGUUCCCAGUCCGGUACGGCCCGUUCCUGUUCCUCGCACCAGACCAGUGGUGCGUGUCGCCAGUCCGGCCCGGCCCGUUCCUGCUCCUCGCACCAGACCAGUGGUGCGUGUUUCCAGUCCGGUACGGCCCGUGCCUGCUCUCCGCACCAAGCCAGUGGUGCAUGUCACCAGUCCAGCCCGGCCCAUUCCUGUUCCUCUCACCAAGCCAGUGGUGCGUGUUCCCAAUCCGGUACGGGCCGUGCCUGCUCCCCGCACCAAGCAUGUGGUGCAUGUCGCCAGCCCGGUAUGCCCCGUACCUGCUCCCCGCACCAAGUCAGUGGUGUGUGUCCCCAGUCCAGCCCGGCCCGUUCCUGCUCCUCGCACCAGACUAGUGGUGCAUGUCGCCAGUCCGGCUCGGCCCGUUCCUGUUCCUCGCACCAGGCCAGUGGUGCGUGUCGCCAGUCCGGCCCGGCCCGUUCCUGCUCCUCGCACCAGACCAGUGGUGCGUGUUUCCAGUCUGGUACGGCCCGUGCCUGCUCUCUAUACCAAGCCAGUGGUGCGUGUCGCCAGUCCAGCCCGGCCCAUUCCUGUUCCUCGCACCAAGCCAGUGGUGCGUGUUCCCAAUCUGGUACGGCCCGUGCCUGCUCCCCGCACCAAGCCUGUGGUGCAUGUCUCCAGCCCGGUACGCCCCGUACCUGCUCCCCGCAUCAAGCCAGUGGUGUGUGUCCCCAGUCCGGCCCGGCCCGUUCCUGCUCCUCGCACCAGACUAGUGGUGCGUGUUCCCAGUCCGGCCCGGCCAGUUCCUGUUCCUCGCACCAGGCCAGUGGUGCGUGUUUCCCAGUCCAGUACGGCCCGUGCCUGCUCCCCGCACCAAGCCAGUGGUGCUUGUCGCCAGUCCGGCCCGGCCCGUUCCUUUUCCUCGCACCAGGUCAGUGGUGCAUGUCGCCAGUCCGGCCCGGCCCGUUCCUGCUCCUAACACCAGACUAGUGGUGCAUGUUCAUAGUCCGGCCCGGCCUUUUCCUGUUCCACGCACCAGACUAGUGGUGCGUGUUCCCAGUCCGACCCGGCCCGUUCCUCGCACCAGGCCAGUGGAGUCAGUAAGGGAGGAGACGUCACGCCCGAAGCCGGAGUCCGCACCUUUUGGGGGGGGGGGGGGGGGUACUGUCACGCCCUGACCUACAGAACUAUGGUUAAUUUGGUUAGGGCGUGCAUGUUUAGUGUCUAUGUUAUGUUUUCUAUGUGUAGAAUCUAGGUAUUGGUUUUCUAUGUUUGGCCGGGUGUGAUUCCCAAUCAGAGACAGCUGUCGCUCGUUGUCUCUGAUUGGGGUUCAUACUUAGGUAGCCCAGUUGCCUACUAUGGUUGUGGGAUCUUGUUCCGUGUUUAGGCUUGUAUUGUGUUUAGCCUGAGGACUUCACGUUACGUUGUUUUGUUGUUUUUGCUCGUGUGUUUAUUUUAAUGAAUAAACAUGUAUGCAUUUCACGCUGCGCCUUGGUCUGACCCGUCCUUCAACGACCGUGACAGAUGUUAUUUCCCUGCGUGGAAAUUAGAUUUGUUGUUUUUCGAGUAAAGUUUGUCUAUCACUCAGUUCUGUGUCCUGCACCUGACUCCGUCCUACCGCUGCACACUGACACCUGACAGCUUCACUGGCGAUCCACCGGAGACCCAUCACAUUCUGCACCACCACCUUGUAAAAUGAGUUUUAUAUUUUUAUAAUCUUGCCAUCAAGAAUGCCACAAUGGUAAUAUUUUACAACACUUUUAUGCAUUGUUUUAUUUAGCUUUAUGUGAGAUGGGUAAACAGGCUACAAGCGUCCCCCUUUUUCCUCCAAACAUAACGAUGGUCAUUAUGGCCAAACAGUUCUACUUUUUGUUUCAUCAGACCAGAGGACAUUUCUCCAAAAAGUAAGAUCUUUGUCCCCAUGUGCAGUUGCAAACCGUAGUCUGGCUUCUUUAUGGCGGUUUUGGAGCAGUGGCUUCUUCCUUGCUGAGCGGCCUUUCAGGUUAUGUCGAUAUAGGACUCGUUUUGCUGUGGAUAUAGAUACUUUUGUACCUGUUUUGUCCAGCAUCUUCACAAGGUCGUUUGUUGUUGUUCUGGGAUUGAUUUGCAGUUUUCGCACCAAAGUAUGUGUCACACCCUGACUUAUGGGACUCUUGUUUGUUGAGUCAGGGUGUGGAGAUCUAUGUUGUAUAUUCUAUGUUUAUUUCUAGUUGUUCUGUUUCUGUUUGGCCGGGUGUGAUUCCCAAUCAGAGGCAGCUGUCGCUCGUUGUCUCUGAUUGGGGAUCAUACUUAAGUAGCCUGUUUGUGAUCAUUAGUGGUGGGAUCUUGUUCCGUGUAUAGGCUUGUAUUGUGUUUAGCCUGAGGACUUCACGUUACGUUGUUUUGUUGUUUUGUUCGUGUGUUUAUCGUUAUGAUAAACAUGUAUGCAUUUCACGCUGCGCCUUGGUCUGACCCGUCCUUCAACGAACGUGACAGAAGAUCCCACCAAAAAUGGACCAAGCAGCGUGACCAGGAGCAGACAUCCUGGACGGAAAGGGAUCCUGGACAUGGGAAGAGAUUCAGGCUGGGAUGGAUCGCCGUCCUUGGGAGGAGACAGUGAAGGCCCAGUUUAGAGAGGAGCAACGGCAACACAGAAGGCGCCGGCCGAGGAGGAAGCUCGAGAGACAGCCCCAACAAAACAUUUUGGGGUGACUAAAAUGGUGGUCGGGGAUCGAUGGAGAAGAGCCCCGACCACUGCACUCGUGGUGGCCCAGGGAGGAGUCCACACGGGAGGAGGACUGGGCGCGGAGAGUGAAAGACUGGUACAGUCGGGGAUCUCUAACGUCAGUUCCCAGUCCGGUACGGCCCGUGCCUGCUCCCCGCACCAAGCCAGUGGUGCGUGUCGCCAGUCCAGCCCGGCCCAUUCCUGUUCCUCGCACCAAGCCAGUGGUGCGUGUUCCCAAUCCGGUACGGGCCGUGCCUGCUCCCCGCACCAAGCCAGUGGUGCAUGUCGCCAGCCCGGUACGCCCCGUACCUGCUCCCCGCACCAAGCCAGUGGUGUGUGUCCCCAGUCCAGCCCGGCCCGUUCCUGCUCCUCGCACCAGACUAGUGGUGCGUGUUCCCAGUCUGGACUGCCCAGUUCCUGUUUCUCGCACCAGGCCAGUGGUGCGUGUUCCCAGUCCGGUACGGCCCGUGCCUGCUCCCCGCACCAAGCCAGUGGUGCAUGUCGCCAGUCCGGCCUGGCCCAUUCCUGCUCCUCGCACCAGACUAGUGGUGCGUGUUCCCAGUCAGGCCCGGCCCGUUCCUGUUCCUCGCACCAGGCCAGUGGCGUAUGUCGCCAGUCCGGCCCGGCCCGUUCCUGCUCCUCACACCAGACUAGUGGUGCGUGUUCAUAGUCCAGCCCGGCCCGUUCCUGUUCCUCGCACCAGGCCAGUGGUGCGUGUCGCCAGUCUGGCCCGGCCCGUUCCUGCUCCUCGCACCAGACCAGUGGUGCGUGUUCCCAGUCCGGUACGGCCCGUGCCUGCUCCCCGCACCAAGCCAGUGGUGCAUGUCGCCAGUCCGGCCCGGCCCGUUCCUGCUCCUCGCACCAGACUAGUGGUGCGUGUUCCCAGUCCGGCCUGCCCAGUUCCUGUUCCUCGCACCAGGCCAGUGGUGCGUGUUCCCAGUCCGGUACGGCCCGUGCCUGCUCCCCGCACCAAGCCAGUGGUGCAUGUCGCCAGUCCGGCCCGGCCCGUUCCUGCUCCUCCCACCAGACUAGUGGUGCGUGUUCCCAGUCCGGCCUGCCCAGUUCCUGUUCCUCGCACCAGGCCAGUGGUGCGUGUUCCCAGUCCGGUACGGCCCGUGCCUGCUCCCCGCACCAAGCCAGUGGUGCAUGUCGCCAGUCCGGCCCGGCCCGUUCCUGCUCCUCGCACCAGACUAGUGGUGCGUGUUCCCAGUCAGGCCCGGCCCGUUCCUGUUCCUCGCACCAGGCAAGUGGCGCAUGUCGCCAGUCCGGCCCGGCCCAUUCCUGCUCCUCACAACAGACUAGUGGUGCAUGUUCAUAGUCCGUCCCGGCCCAUUCCUGUUCCUCGCACCAGGCCAGUGGUGCGUGUCGUCAGUAUGGCCCGGCCCGUUCCUGCUCCUCACACCAGACCAGUGGUGCGUGUACCCAGUCUGGAACGGCCCGUGCCUGCUCCCCGCACCAAGCCAGUGGUGCAUGUCGCCAGUCCGGCCCGGCCCGUUCCUGCUCCUCGCACCAGACUAGUGGUGUGUGUUCCUAGUCCGUCCCGGCCCGUUCCUAUUCCUCGCACCAGGCCAGUGGUGCGUGUCGCCAGUCCGGCCCGUUCCUGUUCCUCGCACCAGACUAGUGGUGCGUGUUGUCAGUCCGGCCCGGCCCGUUCCUGUUCCUCGCACCAGGCCAGUGGUGCAUGUCGCCAGUCCGGCCCGGCCCGUUCCAGCUCCCCGCACCAAGCAGGUGGUGCGUGUCGCCAGUCCGGCCCGGCCCGUUCCUGUUCCUCGCACCAGGCCAGUGGUGCGUGUCGCCAGUCCGGCCCGGCCCAUUCCUGCUCCUCGCACCAGACCAGUGGUGUGUGUUCCAAGUCCGGUACGGCCCGGGCCUGCUCCCCGCAGCCAGAGCAGUCCGUUCCACCGGGGUGUAGUCCAGCUCCGGUCAGCAGCUCCACUCCGGAGCCAGAGCAGUCCGCUCCACCGGGGUCCAGUCCAACUCUGGUCAGCAGCUCCACUCCGGAGCCAGAGCAGUCCGCUCCACCGGUGCACAGUCCAGCUCUGGUCUGCAGCUCCACUCCGGAGCCAGACGUCAGCCCCUCUCCAGGUUCGGGGUCUCCCACACCAGGGCCCAGACAGGGCUUUGUGUAUCGUGGGAGGAAGGAGAGGGGAAGCAGCGCGCCGAGGUCCAGACCUGACCAGGGGCGCAACAGGGAGGCUGAGAGAAUGUGGUCGUCACACCCGGACCCUACCCUGUUAUGUCAGGUUUGUGCGGUCGGAGUCCGCACCUUUGGGGGGGGGGGUACUGUCACACCCUGGCUUAUGGGACUCUUGUAUGUUGAGUCAGGGUGUGGAGAUCUAUGUUGUAUAUUCUAUGUUUAUUUCUAGUUGUUCUGUUUCUGUUUGGCCGGGUGUGAUUCCCAAUCAGAGGCAGCUGUCACUCAUUGUCUCUGAUUGGGGAUCAUACUUAAGUAGCCUGUUUGCAUCAUUAGUUGUGGAAUCUUGUUCCGUGUAGAGGCUUGUAUUGUGUUUAGCCUGAGGACUUCACGUUACGUUGUUUUGUUGUUUUGUUCGUGUGUUUAUCGUUAUAAUAAACAUGUAUGCAUUUCACGCUGCGCCUUGGUCUGACCCGUCCUUCAACGAACGUGACAGUAUGUUCAUCUCUAGGAGACAGAAAGCGUCUCCUUCCUGAGCGGGAUGAUGGCCGCGUGGUCCAAUGGUGUUUAUACUUGCGUACUAUUGUUUGUACAGAUGACUGUGGUACCUUCAGGCGUUUGGACAUUGCUCCCAAGGAUGAACCAGACUUGUGGAGGUCAACACAUUUUUUUCUGAGGUCUUGGCUGAUUUCUUUUGAUUUUCCCAUGAUGUCAAGCAAAGACGCACUGAGUUUGAAGGUAGGCCUUGAAAUACAUCCACAGGUACACCUCCAAUUGACUCAAAUGAUGUCAAUUCGCCUAUCAGAAGCUUCUAAAGCCAUGACAUCAUUUUCUGGAAUUUCCCAAGCUGUUUAAAGGCACAGUCAACUCAGUGUAUGUAAACUUCUGACCCACUGGAAUUGUGAUACAGUGAAUUAUAUGUGAAAUAAUCUGUCUGUAAACAAUUGUUGGAAAAAUUACUUGUGUCAUGCCAAGAGUUUGCAAAGCUGUCAUCAAGGUAAAGGGAGGCUAUUUGAUUUGUUCAUCUCUUUUUUGGUUACUACAAGAUUCCAUAUGUGUUAUUUCAUACUUCUGAUGUCUUCACUAUUAUUCUACAAUGUAAAAAAAUAGUGAAAAUAAAGAAAAACCAUUGAAUGAGUAGGUGUGUCCAAACUCUUGUCUGGUAGUUUACAUACAUAACAUAAACAGAUUAAUACAUACAGAAACAUAUACAGAUUAAUACAUACAGAAACAUAUACAGAUUAAUACAUACAGAAACAUUAAACAGAAGGCAUUUCAACCCGGUCUGGCACAAAGAGAAGAUUCAUAUGGGAGACAAGCCUAUACACAACCUAUAUACACAACCCAUAUACACAACCCAUAUACACAACCCAUAUACACAACCCAUAUACACAACCUAUAUACACAACCCAUAUACACAACCUAUAUACACAACCCAUAUACACCACCCAUAUACACAACCCAUAUACACAACCCAUAUACACAACCCAUAUACACAACCCAUAUACACAACCUAUAUACACACGUGCCAUUUACCACAAAGAGGCUACAUAUUUUUACAAUUUAAUUAUAGGUAGUCCUUUUUCUUUUAUUCCAGGCUUUAUCUAAAUAUUCCGCAAACGGAAAUACACAAUUGACAAAAAAAAAACGUUUCAGUUUCUCCUCAUUGCUCAGCCACAUAAUGCCAGGAUAUAUCUGGUGUGCUUUCUGGAAUAAGAGCAAGCGUAUAUCGUGGUAGAAAGGGCAGUAGAGGAUAUAAUGAGUUUCAUUCUCUAUUUCUUCCAGGUCACAAUUGUUACAUAGUCUUCCCUCUUCAAUUUCACCACAAUACCGACCUGUUUCAAUACGCAGGGGCAAUAUCCCUGAUCUUACCUGUGCACAUAGCCAUCUCUUGCUUUUAGGUAGGUUAUACAUAAUAUAUAUAUAUAUACACACACCAAUUCACCCUUAAUCAAACAAAAGGUUCUCAAUUUGGGUUUAUGAUGAAUCUCCUCCACCCAUUUUUGUUUUCAUAUUUACAUUUGAGUCAUUUAGCAGAUGCUCUUAUCCAGAGCGACUUACAGUUAGUGAGUGCAUACAUUUUUCAUACUGCAUCAACAGUUGUUUAAAAAAAAUAAUAUCUAUGUAUGUCUCCCUUAAUUUGAUUUUCGUACAGAUGUUCACAGUCAGACUGUUGAAAAAGGUCAGACAUUUCAGUUGCCCAGGCUCCCCCUAUGGAUAGAUGCCAUUGAAAAACUGUACUAGCUAUUCUGGCAGUUGGCAUAUCCAACAGUCUAUUCUGGCAGUUGGCAUAUCCAACAAUCUAUUCCAAAGUCUCACCAUACACACCUUCCAUCUCACCUCACAGGGUUCCCAGCCCAUGUCCCCAGUUAUUACAAGUAUAGGCGCAAACUUGUGGACACCUAAAAAAAAAGUAACGUACUGCUCUGUUAUGGACAUGUUCGUUUUUAAGAUACAUCUGAGCACCCCACACUCCUGCCGAAUAGUCCAGAACAGGACACACUGUAAAUUGCUCUGGAUUAGAGCGUCUGAUACCAAAACGUAAAUGUAUUACGUUAGUGUCCUUUUAGAUCAUCAACUAAAGAAAAUCUAAAGCAUCACUGAACCUCGUCCACCAGAGGGAGCAGCCCCAUUGGAGAACACCACCACCACAUGAGCAGAGGAGCGCUUGAGCUCUCACACAAUCCUUUUGCAGCUCUGUGGGGUGGUUGUCCUUGGGCCUUUUAUUUAACCAUAAAUAUAUACUGUAUCUAGACCCUCAUGGCUGUCCUCUGUCUCUACCUCUCUCAAUUCAAUUCAAUGCAAAGGGCUUUAUUGGCAUGGGAAACAAGUGAAAUAGAUAAUAAACAAAAGUGAAAUAAACCAUCAAAAAUGAACAGUGAACAUUACACUCACAAAAAUUCCAAAGGAAUAGACACAUUUUUAAAAUUCAUAUUAUGGCUAUGUACAGUGUUGUAACAAUGUGCAAAUAGUUACAGUACAAAAGGGAAAAUAAAUAAACGUAAAUAUGGGUUGUAUUUACAAUGGUGUUUGUUCUUCACUGGUUGCCCUUUUCUUGUGGCAACAGGUCACACAUCUUGCUGCUGUGAUGGCACAUUGUGGUAUUUCACCCAAUAUAUAUGGGAGUUAAUCAAAAUUUGAGUUGUUUUCUAAUUCUUUGUGGGUCUGUGUAAAUAUGUGUCUCUAAUAUGGUCAUACAUUUGGCAGGAGGUUAGCUCUCUCUCUGUCCUGGGGCCUCUCUCGCUCUCUGUCCUGGGGCCUCUCUCUCUCCCCCUCUCUCUGAGACGUGAGAGUGUCAGAGAAAUAAAUAUUGCAGACUUCCAAGCUAUUCCACCGUGUGUCCUGUAGGUGUCAGUCACACAGAGCUGUUUUUCUCCCUGUACCUGUCCCUGUCCCUGUCCCUCUUCCCUGUCCCUGUCCCUCUUCCCUGUCCCUGUCCCUGUCCAUAUCCCUGUCCCUCUCCCUCUCCAUGUCCCUGUCACUGUCCCUCUCCCUCUCCAUGUCCCUGUCCCUCCCUCUCCAUGUCCCUCUCCCUCUCCCUCUCCAUGUCCCUGUCCCUGUCCCAUUCCCUUCCGUCCCAUGUCCCCUGUCCAGUCCCUGUCCCUGCCCUGUCCUGUCCCUGUCCCUGUCCCUGUCCCUGUCCCAGUCCCGGUUCCCUGUCCCUGUCCCCUGUCCCUCCUGUCCCAUGGUUCCCUGUCCCUGUCCCAUAUCCCUGUCCCGUCCCUGUUCCCUGUCCCUGUCCCGUCUUCCCAUGUCCCUGUCCCUGUCCAUGUCCCUGUCCCUGUCCCUGUCCCCUGUCCCUGUCCCCUGUCCCUGUCCCUGUCCCUGUCCUGUCCCUGUCCCGUCCCAUGUCCCUGUCCCCUUCCCCGUACGUGUCCCCUGUCCCUGUGCCGUCCUCCCAUGUCCCUGUCCCCCUGGCCCCUGUCCCUGUCCCCUGUCCCCCUGUCCCUAGUCCCUGUCCUGUCGCCAUGUCCCCCGGUGUCCCCUGUCCCUGUCCCUGUCCCUGUCCCUGUCCCUGUCCCUGUCCCUGUCCCUGUCCCUGUCCCUGUCCCCUGUCCCUGUCCCUGUCCCUGUCCCUGUCCCUGUCCCUGUCCCUGUCCCUGUCCCUCUCCCUGUCCCUGUCCCCUCCAUGUCCCUGUCCCUGUCCCUGUCCCUGUCCCUCUCCCUGUCCCUGUCCCUGUCCCUGUCCCAUAUCCCUGUCCCUGUCCCUGUCCCUGUCCCUGUCCCUGUCCCUGUCCCGUCUCCAUGUCCCUGUCCCUGUCCCUGUCCCUGUCCCUGUCCCUGUCCCUGUCCCUGUCCCUCUCCAUGUCCAUGUCCCUGUCCCUGUCCCUGUCCCUGUCCCUGUCCCUCUCCAUGUCCCUGUCCCUGUCCCUGUCCCUGUCCCUGUCCCUGUCCCUGUCCCUGUCCCUGUCCCUGUCCCUCUCAUUGUCCCUGUCCCUGUCCCUAUCCCUAUCCCUAUCCCUAUCCCUGUCCCUGUCCCUGUCCCUGUCCCUGUCCCUGUCCCUGUCCCUGUCCCUGUCCCUGUCCCUGUCCCUCUCCAUGUCCCUGUCCCUGUCCCUGUCCCUAUCCCUAUCCCUGUCCCUGUCCCUGUCCCUGUCCCUGUCCCUGUCCCUGUCCCUGUCCCUCUCCCUCUCCCUCUCCCUCUCCCUCUCCCUCUCCAUCCUAUAUCUGCACAUGCAGGGCAUAUAUCUGGGCACAAAGCCUCAUACAUCUAAACUGAGCUCCUCUGUGGACACACACACACACAAACACACACACACACGCGCGUGUGUGUGUGUGCUCACCCCCAUGUGUGCGUUUUCCACUGAUUCUCCAGUCUAUUGUUUCUGAUCUUUAGUGGUAGCAGUGCUGCUAAACACCCUAUCCACUGACAACACACAGUCUGUCUGCAAUGUCUGCCUCUCACAACACUGACUCUCUGUAACUCUCCCUCUCUAUCUCACUACAGAGAGAUUACUGUCAUUUCAUUGCACAAUCCACAUGUACAGAAGGUAGUUAUAACAGCAGGGCGUUAAAUUCUAUCUUCUCACCUCUUACCUAUUUAGUGGUCUUCAUGUUCAUACAGUUUGAUACGACUUGACUAGGUACUUUCCUGCAGUUCAGCAUUACGUGUCAUGCAAAUGAGAACUUCUAUUGGAGUGUGAUAGUCAUCAAGCACUGCUCUCUGGUUCUGUGUGGGUCCCAGUGAUUGGCCUGUUCUGCUGUCAAUCAUAUGAUAUACACAGUGAAGCAGAUGUGAUUACCUUCAUAAGGCGGCUCGUCUACCUAUCUGACAAACAUUGCAGGGAGCCCUCCUCUCUAGAAUAAACUACGUAUAUUGUCACUCUCUCACCCACUCUCAGUCUACAUGCCAGCCAGGUAAGUCGUCCUUUGCUUUUUUCGGUAACAGCCUUUGGGAUGCCCCCCUCUGCAUUGUCCGUUCCAUCUCCCAUCUGCUUGGAGCAACAGCGGGCACUGCAGCGGGCACCUCCACAGACACCUAACAGGAUAUGUAUCUUCUGGGUCCUGACACUGCGUCAGACGGCCAACAGAACACAUCUGUGGGUUCUGCUCAGCCUCAUGGUGCUCUACCCCACCUCUCUGGCUACGGCCGGUGGGUCCGGAUCAAGGACUGGGACUGGGACUGGGACUGGGGCUGAGGUUGGGGUUAGGGUUGGGGCUGUUGCUGGUCUGAGGCUAGGGUGUGUGAGUCUGGAUGACAGUGAGCUGCCUGUGCUUCAGUCUGAGGGGGAUGUAGUAAUAGGUGGACUGUUCCCUCUCCACUACCUGGCCCUAGAGCCACAGCACAGCUACAGGACAAAGCCUCAACACACACAGUGCAACGGGUGAGUGGAGCAAUGGUACUGCUUGAUCCAGUAGAGAAGUCAUUUUUCCUGAUGUAACAAGAAUUAUUGAAUCUGGACGUUGCUUUCUCCUGUUGAGAAUGUUUUUUUAUCUUGCCCAGAGCACGGAAUUAAUACAUUUUCAUACAGUCUUCCUGCUGUUCUUUACCUAUCACUCUCUGUCUCCCUCUCUGCCUCCCUCUCUGUCUCCCUCUCUGUCUCUCUCUCUGCCUCCCUCUCUGUCUCCCUCUCUGCCUCCCUCUCUGUCUCCCUCUCUGUCUCUCUCUCUGUCUCCCUCUCUGCCUCCCUCUCUGCCUCCCUCUCUGUCUCCUUCUCUCUGUCUCCCUCUCUCUGUCUCCCUCUCUCUGUCUCCCUCUCUGUCUCCCUCUCUCUGUCUCCCUCUCUGUCUCCCUCUCUGUCUCCCUCUCUGCCUCCCUCUCUGUCUCCCUCUCUGUCUCCCUCUCUGUCACUCUCUCUGCCUGCCUCUCUGGGUAGUUUUGACCACAGAGCCUUCCGUUGGAUGAUGACCAUGGUGUUUGCAGUGGAUGAGAUUAACCGUAACUCAACCUUGCUGCCAGGUGUGAGGCUGGGCUACAGAAUCCUGGACAGCUGUGACCACGUCCACACCAGCCUGAGAGGGGCACUAUCCGUGGUCACUGGGAGGAGGACUGAGGAGAACAUGGAGGAGAGGAUGCCUGGGUGCCUGGCUGGAGCCCCUGUACCUGCUGUCAUUGGUCUGGCUUCCUCCACCCCUACAGGGGCUGUGGCUCACACCUUGGGCCCCUUCAACAUCCCACUGGUGAGAUUGAGAGUGAGUGAGUGAGUGAGUGAGAGAGAGAGAGAGAGAGAGAGAGAGAGAGAGAGAGAGAGAGAGAGAGAGAGAGAGAGAGGCAGGCAGGCAGGCAGGCAGGCAGGCAGGCAGGCAGGCAGGCAGGCAGGCAGGCAGGCAGGCAGGCAGGCAGGCAGACAGACAGACAGACAGACAGACAGACAGACAGACAGACAGACAGACAGACAGACAGACAGAGAGAGAGAGAGAGAGAGAGAGAGAGAGAGAGAGAGAGAGAGGGAGAGAGAGAGAUAGUUUAACACGUAUAAUAUAUAGUUUUUUCCACAGGUGAGCUACUUUGCGACCUGUACCUGUCUGACAGAUAAACUCUCCUACCCCUCGUUCCUGCGGACUGUGCCCAGUGACCUGUUCCAGGUGUGAAGAAAGAUGAGAACGUUUUAGACAUAGGUAGUGCAAAAGCAAUGUGUUAAGUGCACAUUUAUGUAUUUAUGUAUUGCUCAGUUUACUAAACUCUAGUUAAAUAAUCGCCUCCUUGUAACGCAAAUUGUUGAAGAAAAAAUGUCAAAUUUAAUCACAGUGCCAGAUUACAAUGAGGGUUAUGGUAAAUGUUUAUCUUAACACAUUGCUUUUGCUGCUAUGAAAUUUGCCCCAUAAUCUCUCUUGUGCCAUGCUCUCAGUCUAAUCCUUCCCUUCUUUAUAUCAUCCUAGGUCCGGGGUUUAGUCCAGUUGGUGAGCCACUUCGGCUGGCGCUGGGUUGGCAUCCUGGGCACCCCGGACGACUACAGUCGUUAUGGCAUCCAGGCCUUUACCCAGCAGCUGAAGGACCACGGAGGCUGCCUGGCGUUCCACCUCACCAUCCCCAAUUCGCCCUCCCCAGCUGCGCUACGUGCCAUGGCCGACACCCUGCAGAGCUCCAGGGCCCGUGUGGUGGUAGCCUUUGCUACAGAGGGCCAGCUGCUUGAGUUUCUCUCUGAGGUGAGUUCUCCCCUUUAAAAUAUUGUGUCAGGUAUAUACUUAAUCUGGAUUUAUUUCUCUUAAUUUCUUCUAUUUUUAUUGUGCUAAAGAAAACUAUGUAGAAACUCUCUGAGAACGUGGAUAAGCAACACACAAUUCCAACUGUUUAAUUCCUCAUCCUCAGCUGGCAGUGAGGAAUGUGACAGGGUUCCAGUGGGUGGCCAGUGAGGCCUGGGUGACUGCCAGCCUGCUCACCUCCCCUCAGUUCCACCCGCUGCUACAGGGCACCCUGGGCUUCUCCUUCCCUGGAGUCAAUAUCCCUGGCCUGGGGGACUUCCUGCUGAAGGUCAGGCCCUCGCCCACACCGGGGUCUGAGUUCAUCAAUAUGUUCUGGGAGGAACUGUUUGGCUGCAAGUUGGAUUUCGGGGCGGGCGGUGGAGAUGGUGUUGGCUCUAAUGGUCCCGCGCUACCUGGUAUAUGUUCUGGUUCAGAAGAUCUGAGGGACACAGUGAGCAGUUACUCUAGUGUGUCUCGGGUCAGGAUCUCCUAUAAUGUGUAUAAGGCAGUAUAUGCCAUAGCCCACGCACUACACCAGGUGCUACAGUGUGGUUCUACUGGACACAGCCAAGCUCAGGAGAAGUGUAACACCAGCACAUAUUUUACACCCAGACAGGUAUGAUGUCUGUUUGUGUGUGUGUUUGUGUGUGUGUGUGUGUGUGUGUGUGUGUGUGAGUAAGUAAGUACGAUUAUUUAUUAAUCUAUUUACAGUCAUUAUUUAAUAAUCCUUCAUGGUUUUACGACAUUAUCUCCUCCCCUCACCCUCUCAUUUCAUCCAGCUCUUACACCACCUGAAGAGGGUGAAUUUCACCAAUCAGUUUGGGGAGAAGGUGCAUUUUGAUGCCAACGGGGAGCCUGUUCCCCUCUAUGACAUUAUUAACUGGCAGAAGGUCAGCAGUGGAGAUAUCAUGUUCCAGAAAGUAGGAAGCUAUGAUGGCUCUGCCCCCCUCAGCCAACAGCUGCAGUUGGACGAGAGCGCCAUCGUGUGGACAGGAGGAAAAUCACAGGUGGGUUGUAGUAGAAGCCGGGGUGUGGAAUGAGUUUCCAUUUAAGCUAAAUAUUCAACUUUCCGCAAAUAAGACUAGAACUAAAGUAAAUGAGGGGCCUUUGUUUGGGUUCAGAGUGGUCUCCCCUAUGCAGUAUUUGAUAGGCACAGGUGAUGGCUUAUGUGGUGACUGUGUCCUGUAUCUCUCCCCAGGUGCCAGUGUCUCUGUGCAGUGCUCCCUGCCCCCCUGGCAGCAGACAGGCCCGUCGUCCAGGAGAGCCUCCCUGCUGCUUCGACUGCCUGCCCUGUGCUGCUGGGGAGAUCAGCAACCAGACAGGUACACACACAGUGACACAACUCACCAUCAUUUAAAAGUUCUGCUCUUAUUUCUAUGUUGUUUCAUAUAGGCCAAUGUGUGUGUGCAUCGUGUCCUCCCAUGCAGGUUCCUUAGAGUGCAUUAGGUGUCCUGAGUUCUACUGGUCAGACAGAGACAGGGUGAAGUGCGUCGCUGGGAUAGAAGACUUCCUGUCCUUCUAUGACACCAUGGGCAUCAUCCUGGUCUCACUCUCCCUGCUGGGUGUUGUCACGACAACCACCGUCACAGCCAUCUUCCACCGUUUCCGGGCCACGCCCGUUGUCAAGGCCAACAACUCAGAGCUGAGUUUCCUGCUUCUCCUGUCACUCAAGCUUUGCUUCCUGUGCUCGCUGCUGUUCAUUGGGCGUCCGUCUGCGUGGUCGUGUGGUUUCCGCCAGGCAGCGUUUGGGGUUAGCUUCGUGCUCUGCCUCUCCUGCCUCCUAGUCAAGACCAUCGUGGUGCUGCUGGCCUUCAGGGCCACUGUACCAGGCUCCAGUGCCCUGAUGAAGCUGUUUGGACCUUCCCAUCAGAGGACACUGAUUCUCUGCACCACCGCCCCUCAGGUAGAGCUGUUGAACUCAUCAAACAGUAGUUUUACCUAAAUAACCUUUUGAUGUUUGUCAUGAUGGCCGGCCACAUGAUGCUUAUUGUUCCACCACUUCCCCCAGGUGUGUCUCUGUGCUGGCUGGCUCUCUAUGGCUCCCUCCAUCCCAUUCAGGAACUCUUCGUACCAGGGUCUGACCGGCAUGAUGGUGCUGGAGUGUAAGGAGCCCUGGCCACCAGGGUUCUAUUUGGUGCUGGGCUACAUUGGCCUGCUGGCCUCUCUCUGUCUCCUCUUAGCCUUCCUGGGACGCAAACUCCCUGACACCUUCAACGAGGCCAAGCUCAUCACCUUCAGCAUGCUGAUCUUCUGUGCCGUGUGGAUCUCCUUCAUCCCAGCCUACGUCAGCUCUCCUGGGAAGUACACUGUAGCUGUGGAGAUAUUCGCCAUCUUAGCGUCAAGUUUUGGACUGCUGCUGUGUAUAUUUGCCCCUAAAUGUUACAUCAUCUUACUGAGACCAGAGAGGAACACUAAGAAAGGGAUGACAGGGAAACACCAAGGAAACCAGAGAUGAUCAUAGUUGAGAUUUAGAGUUACUACAUAAGUAAAAAGAACAGCUAAUUGUAAAGUGUUAUAUAUAUAUAUAUAUUGGGGGGGGGGGGGGGGGUGGAUCAGCUUAAUAUUGCAGAUAGAUUGUAUCUUCUAUCAAUGUAAUUGUCUGCAUCACUUCCAAUCCCCCAUGUUUUUUAAAAUAUAUAUACUCCCCUUUAUUACUUUUCAACUCCACCAUCCUUUCCCUACUUGGAGUAAAUUAGUGAACCACAAUGCCCAGGCCUCUACUUCCGGUCUAUACUUACUAUCUACACCUUAUGGACAGAGUUAAUUUCACAAUAAUUAUAUUAUAUAUAUAUAUAUAUAUAUAUAUAUAUAUAUAUAUAUAUAUAUAUAUAUAUAUAUAUAUAUAUAUUAUUUUUUUUUGCUCCUGAACUUCUUUUACUCUCAACCUCUCCGAUCAUUUUCAUGAUGUCUAUCCGGUUUGCUUCUAUAUGCCAUAUCUUUCUAACUGUGCUCUUUCCCAAAAGCUCCCAACAUACAACCUAUAUACUUACUAUGGACACAGUAUGCUUACAUUAUUAGCUAUCUUUGUUAUUAUUUGUUGUUAUUUGUUAUUAGUCCCAUCCUUCAACUCUAUUCAAUACCUCCCAUCUAUCUCUUAACACCAUCCAUAUAGGAUUUCUAUUUGCCAUAUAUAUUUCAACAGUACUGUGAUGUUUUACAAAAGUUCUGAACCUUUCUAUUCUCAUUGCUUCUACAGAUUGUGAAUUAAAAAUAAACAUUUUUGCUAAAAGUAUUAUUAUAUUAUUGAUUGAUUGACUAUGACUUUUCAGAUCACCCAGUAAUGCUAUCUGCAAGGUUAGCUCCAGGUAAAUAUUGCAAUCCUUUAGCCAUUCCUGGACCUGUGUCCAAAAACAAGCUACAAAUGGACAGAACCAAAUCAAAUGAUCUAAUGAUUCUGUCUCUUCACAGCAAAAUCUGCAGAGCUGGGAAGAUUGUAUCCCCCAUAUAAAUAACAUUCUAUUGGUAGCAAGAAUUUUAUAUAAUAAUUUAAAUUGAAAGAUUCUAAUUUUUGAAUCCGGUGUCGUUUUGCGUGUCAGUUCAUAAACACUAUGCCAUGGGAUCGGUACGUCAAAGAUCUCUUCCCAACUAUUUUGCAAUCUAUAUGGGACGGCUGUCAAUCCUUUGGUCCUUAAGUGAAACUGAUAUACUUUUUUAUUUAUCACAGUUUUCCUUAACCAAUUAUGUUCUUUAAUGCAAGGCCGACAGACAAGUUCCUUAUUUUCUCCCCCUUCCACUUUCCUCUUCCACUUUUGCGGUAAGGCUGCAAUUAUUUGGUUGUAAUUUUGGGUAGAGCAGACAUUUCCAUAUGUUUUUGUUAGCUGCAUGUGCGACAUAACUCCACCAGUCCUACCGAUGAUAUCAUUUACGAAGAUUAUACCUUUUUAAACAUUCUGUCAAAAAAUAAAGGUUUUUUGUCAAUUAGUAUAUUUGAAUUUAACCACAAUAUUUGUUGCAUUAUUUGUUCUGUUGUUUCUGGAGGAUUUAAUUGAAAUUGCAACCAACUUUCUAUGGCUUGUUUUAGAAAUAGUGAUAUUUGGGAGAUUAUUUCCUUUUCAAAUAACUGAAAGUGAGAGGUUGUAAUCUGAAUAAAGGGAAAAAGGCCUUUCUUGAACAUUGGGUGAGACAAUCUUACUAAUUUGCUUGAGAACCAGUUCGGAUUUAAGUAUAACGUUUGUAUGACUGCAGCUUUUAGUGAUAGGUCUAAUGCUUUAAUAUUUAAUAAGUUCUGUCCUCCGAAUUCAUAUUCAUUAUAUAAAUAUGCCCUUUUAAUUUUGUCUGGCUUGCCGUUCCAAAUAAAAUUGAAUAUUAUUUUCUCAUAUAAUUUAAAAAACUGUUCGCUAGGCUUAGGCAAAUAGGUAAACUGGGAUAAUACUAAAGAGUUAAUCAGGGUGAUUUUUCCACAAAUUGACAGGUAUUUUCCUUUCCAUGGUAGUAAGAUCUUAUCUAUUUUUGCUAACUUUCUAUAAAAAUGUAUUGAAGUGAGAUCAUUUAUUUCCUUUGGGAUAUGUAUUCCGAGUAUAUCCACAUCCACAUCAGACCAGUUUAUUGGUAAACUACAUGGUAAUGUAAAAAUUGUAUUUUUUAAUUAUCCAAUAUGUAAUAUAGUACAUUUGUCAUAAUUUGGUUGUAAUCCAGAGAGGUUAGAAAAUGUAUCUAGAUCCUCUAUGAGGCUGUGGAGGGAUUCUAGUUGUGGAUUUAAAAGAAAACAUGAAUCAUCAGCGUACAAUGACACCUUUGUUUUUAAGCCCUGUAUUUCUAAUCCUCUGAUAUUAUUAUUGGAUCUGAUUUUAAUAGCUAACAUCUCGAUGGCCAUAAUAAAUAGAUAUGCCGAUAGUGGACAACCUUGUUUCACUCCUCUUGACAGUUUAAAACUUUCUGAGAAAUAGCCAUUAUUUACUAUUUUACACCUAGGGUUACUAUACAUGAUUUUGACCCAUUUUAUAAGAGAUUCUCCUAAAUUGAAAUGCUCCAGGCAUUUAUAUAUAAACCCCAGUCGAACUUUAUCAAAUGCCUUUUCGAAGUCUGCUAUGAAUAGCAGGCCUGGUUUCCCAUAUUUUCCAUAGUGUUCUAUUGUUUCCAAUACUUGCCUUAUAUUAUCUCCAAUGUAUCUUCCAUGUAAAAAACCUGUCUGAUUAGAAUUAAUAAUAUCCGACAAUACCUUUUUUAAUUCUAUGCGCUAUACAUUUUGCUAGGAUUUUUGCAUCACAACACUGAAGUGUAAGGGGCCUCCAAUUUUGUAAAUGGACUGGAUCUUUAUAUUUUCCACUUGUAUCCUGUUUCAGUAAUAAUGAGAUCAGACCUUCUUCUUGAGUGUCAGAUAAUCUACCAUUUACAUAGGAGUGGUUAAAACAUGCUAAUAACGGUCCUCUUAGUAUAUCAAAAAAGGUUUGGUAUACCUCGACUGGUAUGCCAUCCAACCCUGGAGUUUUCCCGGACUUAAAGUCUUUAAUUGCAACCAGAAGUUCCUCUGUAAUUUCACCUUCACAUGAGUCUUUCUGUGUGGCUGUUAAUUUGACAUUAUCAAUAGAAAAAACUUCUCUACAAUUAGCUUCAGUUAGAGGAGAUGGAGGCGACUGAAAAUAAAACAUAUGCUUAAAGUACUUUGUUUCUUCCUUCAAAAUAUAAUUUGGUGAAUUAUGGGUGACUCCGUCAAUUGUAACCAGUUUCAUUAAGUUAUUUUUGGUAAAAUUCCUAUGUUGAAGAUUAAAAAAUAAUGUUGUGCAUUUUUCCCCAUAUUCCAUCCAGUUUGCUUUAUUUUUAUAAUAUAUUAUACUUGAUCUUUCUUGAAUAAGUUUCUCAAUUUCUUUUUGUUUUUCCUCUAAUUUAUUCUGAGCCUCUAUGUUACAGUUUUUUGACCUAAAUUGCGUUUGUUUUCGAGAUGAGUACUGAAUUGCAUGGCCUCUAAAGACACAUUUAAAGGUGUCCCAUACAAUAAGGGGAUUCGCUGUACCUAUGUUAUGUUGGAAAAAGUAAGUUAUAAAUUCCUUUGUUCUAAUUAUAAAUAAAUUAUCAUCCAAUAGGCUUUGAUUAAAUUUCCAAUAUCCUCGCCCACGUGGAAAUUCAGUAAGAGUAAUGUAUAUGCCUAUUAUAUGAUGGUCCGACCGCAUUCUGUCCCCUAUCAACACUUUUUUUUUUACUUUUGGUGCCAACGAGAAUGAGAUAAGAAAGAAGUCAAGACGACUAGCUUGAUUCAGUCUCCGCCAUGUAUAUCUCACUAGAUCAGGAUAUUUAAGCCUCCAUAUAUCUACUAGUUCUAAUGUAUCCAUGACAUUCACAAUUUCCUUAAGAGCAUGUGGGUGAUUGUUUGUGGUGUGAUUUCCUUUACGGUCCACUGAGCUAUUUAAAACAGUAUUAUAAUCCCCCACCAUAAUAAUAUUGUCUUGAGUUGCUUGCAGGCUUGAUCAUUUAUUAUAAAUAUUGUCAAAGAAUUGUGGAUCAUCAUUAUUUGGUCCGUAAAGGUUAAUGAGCCAUAUCUGUUUAUGGUCCAAUAACAUAUUUAAAAUAAUUAAUCUACCUUGCGUAUCUAUUUGAAAAAGGUGCACAUUCGGAUCGAAAUUACUAUUAAUUAAUAUCAUCACCUCUUUUGAAUUUCUUUGCCCAUGGGAGAAGUAUAUUUCCCCCCCCCCAUUCUUUUUUCCAUGCUAAUUGUAAAGUGUUACUCCUAACAAAUAACUCAUUAUGGUUGCUGUCCACAACAUUGCACGAGAAUGCAGCAACCAUUUGGCUUCUUGUACAGUGUGUGUCCUAAUUACUAAAUCAACUGUUCUAGUAGUUGACGUUUGCAUGAGAAGACUGCCCCUUACUGGACACUGGGUGGAAGUGUUUGGAAUAAUGUGAUAAAGUUGGUUGUAUGUGAUCUGUAAUUAAUAAAAUAUAAUGAAUAUUCUAAUCCCCGAGCCGACUAGGUGAAAAAUCUGUCGAUGUGCCCUUGAGCAAGGCACUUAACCCUAAUUGCUUCUGUAAGUCGCUCUGGAUAAGAGCGUCUGCUAAAUGACGUAAAUGUAAAUGUAAUAGAUAGAUAGAUAGAUAGAUAGAUAGAUAGAUAGAUAGAUAGAUAGAUAGAUAGAUAGAUAGAUAGAUAGAUAGAUAGAUAGAUAGAUAGAUAGAUAGAUAGAUAGAUAGAUAGAUAGAUAGAUAGAUAGAUAGAUAGAUAGAUAGAUAGAUAGAUAGAUAGAUAGAUAGAUAGAUAAAGUAGAUACCUAUCUCCAGCCGACAGCCAAAUGCUCCCUCCCAGAACUCAGUGAGCAGGGGAGAGCUGGACACCUUCUGGGGGGAGAGGUCCAGGAGGAAGUCCCUGAGGCCGGGGAUGACAGAGCGCUGGAUGCCAAAUCCGAUGGCCCCGGCACACAGGCUGAAGCGCAACAUAUCUGGGUCGGUGAUCCAGGUCUCACUCCCGAUCCACUGGCGGGGCGGAGAGGGCAGACGGUCCAACUCCUUCAGCAGGAUCCUCAUGUCCCCAGAGGCUACGAAUGCAACCACCACCCGGGCUGUGGAGCUGGGGAACAUGAUUAAAACAUAA